CGCUUCCGAAUUUGUAACAUGUUCACGCUCGAACUCCUUCAUUUAAGAGAAGGGCAAUCAGAGAUGCGAACAUCGGGUGUUUACACAACAUCAGCUUUGUUCUAUUAGGCUAAAUCAACAUUGUCUGGUGUGUGCACGAGGCAGAAAGCGUGGAAUACUGUAUUAUGAUGUUGAUUGGAGUGAUAAUAUAACGGUAUUGCUAAGGUAUUGUAUCGCUGACGGUCUAAAAAUUCUUUGAAAAGGAGUUAUCUUUGUUUGGCAAGGCAAAAUACACGGAAAAUUUGUAUUGUGUGACUGUCUAUGACAGGUUGGCUCAUUUAGUUUGAGAAGGCACAAACUUCAUCACCAAUCUGGCUGUUUCAAUAAUUUGCUUAAAUGGGCGAUUCGGGAGAAAAUGCAGCAAGCGCGAAUGAUGAUGAGGCGGCUAGUAAUGGAGUGAAUUUAGAUAAUUAUGAUGUUGACUGGCUGAUGGCAGAAAUAGCAAGAGAACGCGAAAUGACUGAAAUGCUGGAUCAGUCUGUAGGAGAAUUAAAAGGAACGGUUGUUGACCUCGAUAAACAAUUGCAAACGAUUGAUAAUGAAGGAAGCGAGUGGCGUGUCAGAUGUGAGACACAGGCUGAAACGAAUCAAGAACUUCAGCGACAAAUUGACGAACUGAAAGAAAAAAUGAGACAAGCGAGAGCAACAAAAACUAGAGACAAUAAAAUGACAGAUAUUAAUGCAAAAGACUUGGAUGAUCAUUCCGAGGCGGGAUUGAACUUAUUAGUAAAGAAAUUGGAAAAAGAAAAAUUCGGAAUUGAAUCCCAGCUUCGAGACAUAGAAUGGAGACUGGAUCAGGAAUCUAAAGCGUAUUAUAAAGCAUCAGAGGCAAAAAAGAAAUAUGCUACUGAAUUAAAUCAAGCUUCCAUAUUGCUGAAUUCUUAUGAAAGGAUGCAAAAAGCAGAUGUAGCGCUGUCACCUGUCAGAAAAUCUCAGGUCAGACGAACACAACCUAGAAAAACUGUUCCGGUUAAACUACCUGAAAUAAAGCAGAGAAGAAGACAAGUUUUGCCUAAUAAAAACAUUGCUAAAUGAUACUAGACAACUAUUCAACUGCGUCAAUGCUGCUAGAUUGAAUUGAGGAUAAAUAUUCAAAUGAAACAUCAUGGAAAAAUGCCAAACGUAUCUCAAAGGACCCAGAAAGAACCAUUGUCAGCGAAUUCAAAAAAACAUUUUAUGUUUGAAUAAGAUUUAAACUAUACGUUACAACAUGUUGUUGACACGCGUACAAUAGAUUAUCAAGUAGUUUGCUUGCUUGAAACUUUCAAAAGCUUGAAAUAUACAAAAUCUACGGCAGAGUUUUCAAGGGACAUGUGCAAGUUAAUUUUAAUUUUACUCUAAAAACUUUUUAUGUAUAUUUUUAUACCAAGUUUACUGUUAUAAUAACUAUAUUUUACGUUGGAUAUUCUUGUAAUCAAAUAAAUAUAUAGUCAGUA